AUGGACUCGUCUCUGUUUACCGCCGCUCGCAUUAACAAGUUCUCCGGAACAAACUUCCAUGUGUGGAAGUUCAAGAUGCAAAUGGUGCUGGAGGAGCGAGACCUGUGGGACGUCGUGAGCGGCGAGGUCAAGAUCGAGCACUGCACAAGUACUUUGGACCAAGCGACGUUCAAGCGAAAGUCGCGAAAGGCGCUAGCGAUAAUCUGUCUUGCGAUGGAGGAUUCGCAGUUGCCACUGGUUCGCUCGGCGAAGGACGCGUAUGAUGCAUGGUCACGUCUGGAAGGACACUACGAGAAGAAAAGCUUGGCUAAUAAGCUCUUCCUUCGUCGCCGGUUCUUCACGACAAUGAUGGGAGAAGGUGAUGACGUGCUGGAGCACAUCAACAGACUCAAGACUCUGGUGGAGCAAUUGGACGCAGUCGGUGCUCCGGUCAGUGAGGACGAUUUGGUCAUCACGCUUCUGGCCAGCCUUAGCGAGUCGUACCAGUUCCUGAUAACAGCAUUGGAGUCGAGAGCCGACUCUCUGUCGUGGGAACUAGUGACGUCUCGGCUAUUGCAUGAAGACAUGAAGCGCAAGGAGCAAGGUGGCGGAAUCGAAGGAGCCGCGCACGGUCAAGCUCAAGCAUUCAUGUCAAGAGACAACAAGCGCAAGGCUCGACCGGCUAAGAAGACCGGUGCGUGCCACAAUUGUGGAAAGCAAGGACAUUGGAUUGCCGAAUGCCCCUCGCGCAUCCAGGAAGACGCUGAUCGACACAGGUACCAGCGUGCAAACAUCGCGCAAGAACCGGAGCUUGGCGAUUACCUGUUCUCGGUUGGUGGUGGCAAGACCAAGUCGAGUUACAUGUGGCUGGUCGAUUCAGGGGCGACGCAGCACAUGACAAGUUCGAAAGAGUUCAUGAGGAACUACAAGGACUUUGGACCAGUAGAUGUGCAUCUUGCUGAUGAUGGAGUUGUACAAGCGAUUGGAAAGGGUGACAUUGUCAUGUCAAUGAUGACUCGUCAGGGCGUCAAGAAGGGUGUGCUCACAAAUGUGUGGCAUAUCCCAAAGUUAUCUCGAAACUUAUUUUCCGUUGGAAGAUUCAUCAAGGACGUGGGGCCUGUCACCUUUGAAGUCGAUGGUUGCUUCGCGGAAACGAAGGGUUUCAAGUGGAAACUAGGCGCUCUAGAAGGAAAGGGAUUGUUCAAGCUUUGUAUGACACCGGUGCUUCCUGACGAGGUCAAUGUGGCGAGUCCAAUAAACUUCAAAGGAGACAACACUUCCUACCUUUGGCAUCUUCGACUUGGCCACAUUGGUCAUGGUGGUCUAGAUGCCAUUGUCAAGAAAGAUUACGGCAGUGGAAUCGGCAUGAAGUCUGUGCAGAAGUGGGAGUUUUGUAAAGGAUGCGCACUUGGCAAACAAACACGUGUGAGCUAUAUGCCCAAGUCACCCGACCGAGCACGUAUGUUGCUGGAGGUCAUUCACAGCGAUGUGUGUGGCCCCAUGAAAACUCCUACCUUCAGUGGAAAACGAUACUUCGUGACUUUCAUUGACGAAUACUCGCACUACUGUGUGGUGUAUCUGCUUCAAAACAAGUCUGAAGUAGCGACCAAGUUCGCUCAAUUUGUUGCGUUGGCGGAAACCCAAACUGGCAAACGUGUGAAGACUCUUCGAAGCGAUAAUGGUGGUGAGUACACUUCCAGAACGAUGUCCAAGUUCUGUGCGGACCAUGGUAUCAUGCAGAAAUUCACGCCGCCUUACACUCCUCAAUUGAACGGUGUCGCCGAGCGAAUGAAUCGGACAUUAGUGGAAAGCGCUCGUUGCAUGAUGGAACAUGCUGAGUUAUCCAAGUCGUAUUGGGGUGAGGCAGUCAUGACUGCGAACUUCCUACGUCUUCGCUGUCCAAGUCGUUCAACAAGUCACGACAAGUCACCCUACGAAGUAUGGAGUGGUAAGAAACCUAUACUUGCAAACCUGAAGGUGUUCGGUUGUCAUGCAUACGUGCAUGUGCCCAAGCCAAAGCGGUCCAAGCUCGAUGCAAGAUCGAUUCAGUGUCGGUUCAUUGGAUACUCCGACCAUGAAAAAGCGUACCGUUUCGAGGAGAUCAAGAGUCGUCGUGUACUGGUCAGUCGCGACGCACAGUUCAUGGAGAAUGUUUUCGACAGUGGGAGACGCGACUAUGUGCAAGAUGGAGCCGUCGUCGAAGAAGAAGCUUUUAUGGAAGAUGAGGAUGUACCUAUGGAGGACUACUCCUCUCAUGACACCAGCAACAUGAAUUUUGAAGAGGCUACAAUGGAUGGCGUUGAUGAACCCGGCGUUAAGAGACACCAACGCACACAGUCGCUCGAGGCCUUGGCCAACGCUCCUGAUGCGAAACGUCGAGCUCGAUACCUUACCAUGGCCGAGAUGUCUGCGACUGCUGAUACCAGUCACUCUGUUGAGACUGCCUACGUCGUGGAUUCAGUGGGAGAUUUACCAAGGACAUUCAAGUCAGCAAUGGAAUCCAGCGACGCAGUCAAGUGGAAAGAGGCUUGUGACUCCGAAAUAAAUUCCCUUCGUCAAAAUGAGACCUGGAAUCUCGUGCCGCUUCCACAGGGACGCAAGGCAAUUGGUAAUUGA